AUGGCUCAUGCAAGUGUGGCUUCUCUUAUGAGAACAAUAGAAUCGCUCUUGACAAUCAAUUCGCCAAUGCGAUCUCUAUCCUGUGAUCACAGAGAAGAACUUUGUGCUCUUCGUGAAAAAGUUAGUUCCCUGGAAGUAUUUGUCAAGCACUUUGAGAAAAACAAUGUUUCUGGGGAAAUGACUGAUUUUGAAGUAGAGGUAAAAGAAGUUGCAAGUGCCUCUGAACACAUAUUUCAACUAAGAGUAACUGACGUUUUACUGGCAAAUGAUGAAAAGACACAUGAGAGACUUUCUGAUACCCUGCAACUGGUAGCAGAGGACAUAGAUCGUAUCUGGAAAGUGUCGACAAAGAUUCAAGAUAAAGGCAAACAAGUAUCGGAGGGAUCAUUGGUUCAAGUUAUUUCAAGUUCAACAAACAAUAUUCUGAAGGUUAACAACAAUAGGGUUGGACGUGAUGAUCAAAAGGAACGCUUGUUAGAAGAUCUGACUGGAAGCUACUCUGGUGAACCCAAAGUCAUCCCGAUUGUCGGGAUGGGAGGCAUAGGUAAAACAACCUUAGCGAAAGAAGUUUACAAUCAUGAAUCAAUUCUACGCCAUUUUGAUAUUCGUGCCUGGGCUACUGUAUCUCAACAGCAUAACAUAAAGGAAGUUUUGUUGAGCCUUCUGCAAUCGACGAUCAAAAUAGACGACACGGUUAAGAUGAGCGGUGAAGCAGAGCUAGCAGACAUGCUGCAGAAAAGUUUAAAGAGAAAGAGGUACUUAAUUGUCUUGGAUGAUAUCUGGAGUUUUGAAGUGUGGGAUGGUGUGACACGAUGCUUUCCAACUGAAGAAAAUGCAGGGAGUCGAAUACUGUUGACUACCCGUAACAACGAAGUAGCCUGUUAUGCUGGUAUAGAGAAUCUUUCUUUGCAGAUGAGCUUCAUGGAUCAAGAUGAGAGUUGGAGUCUUUUCAAAAGUGCAGCAUUUUCAAGUGAAGCCUUAACAUAUGAGUUCGAGACUGUUGGAAAGCAAAUCGCAGAUGAAUGUCACGGGCUACCACUAACUAUUGUCGUGGUUGCUGGACUUCUCAAAUCUAAAAGGGCAAUAGAAGAUUGGGAAAGUGUUGCUAAAGAUGUCAAGUCAUUCGUCACAAAUGACCCUGAUGAACGAUGUUCACGUGUUCUUGGGUUGAGUUACGAUCACUUGACAAGCGAUCUAAAGACAUGUCUUCUGCAUUUCGGAAUUUUUCCAGAAGACAGUGAUAUUCCA